AUGUUGGCAAAAUGGAAGAAGCCUCAUGAACGCACCUCAUUCACACACACACAGCAUGAAGAGUUGGAGGCUCUGUUUAGCUGCAAUAUGUUUCCAGAUAAAAACCUCCAGAAAGAACUUGCUUUAAAAUUCAACCUACCAGCGUCAACAAUAAAGAUUUGGUUCAGGAAUCAGCAGUUCAAAAAGAGGAAGUAGCAGUGGCAACAAGAGCAGCAAUCACUAAAGCCACCGAACCAGGUCCUUCCAGCCAAGAAUGUGCCCACAGCAUCAACCAGUCCUCAUUCUUUUCUCCCUGCAGUUUCAGAUUCUUAAAGCUCCCACUCACCUCAGCCCUUAGACCCUUUCCAUUGGGCAGGGGACUCUAUAAUCACUGAGAUUGCUACAAGUGAUGUCCAAAUGCAAGAUCCUCCGUUGGAGAGGCUAGUGGCCUCAGUUCCUGCUUUGUACUCUGAUGCCUAUGACAUAGCACAAAUCAUGGAACUGUACAGCUUUCUUGAUGAGGAUGAGAUAGCCAGCUCUUCUUUCCAUUCUCUGUAUCAUUAUCUCUCACCGACAAAGCCCAGUUAGAAGAGUUCCUUUCUUAGCCUCUUUGCUGAUCCAGCUGUAGGUUUAUCUCCUGGGCAAACCUGCUUCAGUAUGACAAGCUGGAGCUUUGCAGCCUACAGUCUAAGAAACAGCCUGGAAUUCCAGAACCCCUUCAGUAUGGCACACUUUGGAUGUUGCUGA